UCUGCCAGUUUCCCGGCCAUCGCCCGCGUGGUGAGCUGCCCGGCAGCCCACUACCGGCUCGGGACCGCCCGCCACGGGCUCAAGGCGGACCAUGCGCCUGCCAAAUCUGCAGCCCGCCCGCUGGCUAUGCGUGCUGGCAGGCGCCCUAGCCUGCGUCCUCCGCCCCACGGGCAGCAGGGCAGCCAUUCUGCGCCAGGAGUGUGACUUGCGGCGGACGAUUGAGCAGCAGCGCAGGCAGUGCCUGGAGGAGGCCCAGUUGGAGAACGAGACCGCAGGCUGCAGCAAGAUGUGGGACAACGUUACCUGCUGGCCAGCCACUCCUCAGGACCAGGUGGUCGUCUUGGCUUGUCCCUCCAUCUUCAAGCUCCUCUUCCCCUUUGAAGCCCUCCACCCAGACCGCAAGGUGAGCCGCAACUGUACUGAUGAAGGCUGGACGCCCCUGGAGCCCAGCUCUUACUCCACCGCCUGUGGCCCAGAUGAGAACUCGUCGAGUUUACAUGAGCAGCAACAGAUAAUGUUCUACAGUUCUGUGAAGACCGGCUACACUAUUGGCUACAGCCUGUCCCUUGCUACCCUUCUAGUUGCCACAGCUAUACUGAGCCUGUUCAGGAAGCUCCGCUGCACCCGGAACUACAUCCACUUGAACCUCUUCAUAUCCUUCAUCUUGAGAGCUGCCUCUGUCUUCAUCAAAGACUUGGCCCUCGACAACAGCAGCGUAUUGGACCAGUGCUCUGAGGGUUUGGUGGGCUGUAAGGCAGCCGUGGUCUUCUUCCAUUACUGUGUCAUGGCCAACUUCUUCUGGCUACUGGUGGAGGGCCUCUACCUCCACACACUGCUUGCCAUCUCCUUCUUCUCCGAACGGAAGUACUUCUGGGGGUACAUAGUCAUCGGCUGGGGGGUCCCCAGCACAUUCACCAUGGUGUGGACCAUUGCCAAGUUCCAUUUUGAGGAUGAUGGAUGCUGGGAAACCAUCGAGUCCCCACUGUGGUGGAUCAUAAAGACUCCUAUUGUCACCUCCAUCUUGGUGAACUUCAUUCUGUUUAUUCGCAUCAUCCGAAUCCUGGUUCAGAAACUGCAGCCCCCAGAGAUCAGGAAGAGUGGCAGCAGCCCAUACUCGAGGCUGGCCAAGUCCACACUCCUGCUGAUCCCCCUGUUUGGAGUACACUACAUCAUGUUUGCCUUCUUCCCCAACAAUUUUAAGCCUGAAGUGAGAAUCGUCUUUGAGCUCCUCGUGGGGUCUUUCCAGGGUUGUUUGGUGGCCAUCCUCUACUGUUUCUUCAAUGGCGAGGUGCAGGCGGAGCUGCGGCGGAAGUGGCGGCGUUGGCACCUGCAGGGUGUCCUAGGCUGGAAGCCCAAAUAUCAGCACCCGUCCGGAGGCAGCAAUGGAGCCACGUUUAGCACGCAGGUCUCGAUGCUGACCCGCGUCAGCCCCGGCGCGCGCCGCUCCUCCAGCUUCCAAGCCGAAGUCUCCCUGGUCUGACCGUCAGGACCCCAGGGGCCCAAGGCAGCCCCUCCCGCCCCUUCUUACCCACCCCGGCCAGCCCUGGGGACAGAGGCCUGCUCGGGCGUGGCCAGCCCCAGCCCUGGGCUCGGAGGCUGCCCUAGCCCCCAGGUCACUCCGGACACUCCUAGAGAACCCAGCUCUUGCACCGGCCUGGUGCGUUUCUAGGCAAGUAUCGGAACUGGGAGCUCUCCCCUGAAGGAUGUGGGGUGGAACUCAGUCGUCAGACUCCUUCACUAGGGGCCCCCUCCGCCAAUCAAGGGCAAGAAAUCUGCAUAUUUUGCCCUGUCUCCGCCCCCUAGUAGCUCCUCUACCCAAUCAGAGGAAAGCAACUGCUCAUCCUCAACGCUGUGAUCUGAGGGCAGAAAGGUCCUGUACUGGAAAGCCACCACCACCCCGACAGUGCCUGAAGUUUCACCAUUGCUUCCAAGUUUGGAUCAAACACUCCAUUGAGGCAUCUCUGUGAAGAUGCUGUUCUCUCUUAGCUACCAGUACCUCAAGGCAAAUGAGUUACCUGGCCCGGAGUUUUGGUUUGGGGAGCUAUCUCUGUAGUUCCCUCUGAAGUGGAAUGGUUCCAGUUAGUCUGGGACCUACACAAGGACUGAGGAACUCUGGGGCCUCUGAAAAGUAAGGAGACAGCUGUCAGCAAAUGGCUGAGGUCUCCGAGUAAGCCUACCUGUUCUCCAAGCUUCAUCUGUCAAGUGGAAUCAGUCACACCAGACAUACACAUCCCCACGGGCUGUGGAAGCAUCAGGGAUCAAGAGCUGCCCUCUUUAGCUGCCCACUUGUGUGCCAACUAUUGUAACCAGGCUCAGAGACAUGUGCUCAUGGGCCCCUUAAUCCUCAAAUCAACCCAGCUAAGUGGGAAUUACUGUGCCUAUUUCAUGGGUUAGGAAACAGUCUCGCAGAGAGCAGGUACCUCACCCUGUCACAGAGACAGCAUUUGAACUCAGAUCUGGCUGAAGUAAAGAUGAAAACACAGAGUCUUAAACUGCUACCUUUUCUAUAUCAUAACUGCUGGAUCCUCUUGGUUGUUUGUUAUCACCACUAAUAUUGUUACUGCCAUCACUCCUCACCCCCUGUUCCCACCCUACUCUUCCUGGAGUGUGGACAAGAGUCAGUUCAUAGCAUCAUCUGUCUGCUGUUCACCCCUGUGGCCAUGCAGCUUCCUACCCACACCCGCACCAGAUGAUCCCCUCAGGACUGCAACAGGCUUGUACAACAAUAAAUAUUGCUUUAGAUUGG